GCUAUUUCGAUGAAAAUUGAAAUGUCAACUGUCACUGUCACGUCAAUUUCUUUUUGUGUCAAGUGCUACCUUUAGCGACUGUUUUGAUUCACAAUGGCCAAGCGUACCAAAAAGGUCGGAAUCACUGGUAAAUAUGGCACACGUUAUGGUGCCUCUCUCCGUAAAAUGGUCAAGAAGAUGGAAGUGACCCAACACGCCAAAUACACUUGCUCCUUCUGCGGCAAAGACGCCAUGAAGCGCAGCUGUGUUGGAAUCUGGUCAUGCAAACGGUGCAAAAGGACAGUUGCCGGAGGCGCUUGGGUUUUCUCAACCACCGCUGCUUCAUCUUGCAGAUCUGCUGUGAGGAGGUUGCGCGAAGUCAAGUAAACAACUAGGCUAAGAAAAUAAAGAAAAAACAGUAA